UGGAUCUCUGACCAUCAUGAACACCACACUCACAGACUCUGGACUUUAUAAACUACUAAUCAACAGUCAUAACAGUGAAAUAAUCUUUGGUGUUUCUGUCAGUGCCAUUCCUGCUACUCUGCUAGACAAAAUGAAGAAAAACGAGAGAGAAUCUGUCAGUUUAGAUCCUGGUGUAAUAAACCACCCAAAUGAUAUGAUGAUGUGGUAUUUUAACGACUCUCACAUCGCUGAAAUCACUGGAGAUCGGAGUAAGAUCUGUACAGAUGAUCAGUGUAAAGAGAGAUUCAGAGACAGACUGAAAUUUGUGCAUGGAUCUUUGACCAUCACAAACUGUAUAACCACAGACUCUGGACUUUAUAAACUACAGAUCAACAACGGCAGAUUCAGCAUCAUUAGGAGCUUCAGUGUUACUGUCACUGAUGCAUUUGGUCUGUCAGUGAUGGAGGGAGAUUCAGUCGCUCUACACACUAGUGUUAAAAUGACCCAACAAGACAGAAUUAGAUGGUAUUUUAAUAGCAUUCACAUAGCAGAAAUAAUUUAUAACCAAAGUAAUAUCUGUAUAGAUGUUGAGUGUAAAGAGAUAUUCAGAGAAAGACUGAAGCUGGACAGUCACACGGCUGAUCUCACCAUCACAAACAUCAGAACCACAGACUCUGGAGAAUAUAAACUACUGAUGAUCAGCCGCAACAGUGAGAGGAUCUUCAAUGUUACUGUCAGUGGUUCAGACUCAUCUUCAGGUGCUGCAAGAGCAAGUGCUUCUGUUAAAUUGGCAGUAUUUUUGAUUUUAUUGUUGUCCUGCUGAUCAUGGCUGCAGCAGCUGGUUGUGUGCUUAACUUAUUACAUAUAAAUGAUUGUACAAAAUGUACAAAUAAUAUAUAUUGAUCAAAAAGAACUUAA